CUUCUUUCAAUGUCAAUUUCCUGGAAAUUGUAGGGUUUUUCCAAGAGUAGAACGCCAGAAACCCUAACUCGCUCUUACAGACAAGAAGGACGAUCUCAAAAACGAAACCAGCUAUCGGAGAGAAAUGGGAGGGAAGUGUCCGCACAGACAUGUAAAAAAGAGACGCUACUCUCACAAGACUGCUCGCCGCACCCAAUUCCUCCUCAAAGGUGCUGAUAUGGUUUAUGAUGCGUUGAAGAAGCCCGAUGAGGAAAGGAAGCCCUUGCCUCUUGAUGAAGACUUGCCUGGGAUGGGCCAGUAUUAUUGCUUGCACUGCGACCGAUACUUUGCGAAUGUUUCUGUUAGGGAUGAGCAUUUCAAGACGAAACGUCACAGGAAAAAAGUUAAGGAGAUGUUGGGGCCUGCACCUCAUACUCAACUUGAUGCUGACUUAGCUUCUGGAAUGGGUAUGCCAGAUAAUGGUCCAAAGCUAUCAUGAUCUGAGAUAUCUAUCUUUGGUAUCGUUGGUAGAUUAUGAGUGGGCUGAGUCUGAUAGUCGAAGAUAUUUUUUGUUGCAAAGAGUUGUCUUUUUUGUUACAGUUGUAGGCAUUAACUCCAAUGUAAUGAUAAAUUAAAAUGUUCUCAGUUUUCUCUACACGCUAUAUUAUAUUUUAUGUCUGCAGAUUUGUUUAUUCAA